AUUUCAGAAAAGCGUCCAGCGAUUGAACAACUUCAAUAGAGUGUUGCUCACCAAAAUAUUGCUUUGCGUUCCAAUUUGUGAUGCAUAAUAUUUUUCGUAUGAAAAUCGAAAUUGGUCCUUGCGAGAGGUUUGCCAUUUUCCGAUGAUGCAUCGAGUACCGUUCUUGGACAUGGUGGAUGAAGUGAUUGGUGCAAGAUGACUGCAUGUAUUUGUCAACAAUGUUUAGCCGACGUAGGCCUAUAGUUUGACCACUGACCACCGAAUAUUUUGGAAGGAAUAUUCAUAAUGGUUGCUUCUGAGUUGCGGCCAAGGUUAAUCUUAUCUAAUUGAUGUUGGUGGAAGUUCUUCAAGAUUGCUUUCAGAUUGUAAGAACUCAAGAUGGCGCUCUUUCAUAUCAUCAAGUCUCUGAAGCCAAGAUGACCUGACUAAGAUGGUACCCCGUCAGAGCAAGACCAUGAAGACAAACAGAUUUACAAUCCACUAUACGGUAUACUUUUUUUCGCUGAUGUUCAUGUGAAUUUGAGCGUGCUGUAUUGACCGCCAACUGGAAAAGCAAAACGCGAUCGAUGUUACAGACAUUACGGGGAAUUGCCGACUUUGAUUCUCCAAAGGGUACGGAAAGAUCAUCCAAAUGAUCAGCAAAUUCGCUAAUCUACCCCGUCAGCACGUUAGCCAGCACUAUCACAUCCACCCUAGACCCCCAUCCCACACCCACAAUCAACACUACCACAACCGCCAUCAGCACCACCACAGUAACCACACCAAUCACUUCCGCGACAUGAAUCUGUCACCAAGCAACGUCGACGGCCCGAAGGCCCUCAACAGCCACAACGGCAGUAACAACGUCAGCAAUAGCGGUGGAAACAGCAGCAAUGACGUUGAACUCAUGAUGGAGUUGCCGCCGGCGUCGCCAAUUUCACAAUCCAGCCACGUCAGUCACGCAACCAUCCAUCGGUCAGUCAGUCAAACGAACAACGGCGUCAACGGCAUCAACGGAGUUGGGAGCGUCAUCCAGGGACGUUCGUCGCGUCUUGCCAGCGCUACGGACGACCUCACGACCAUGCAUAAACCGCAUAGCCUCAGCCUUUCCCGCGCUACACUCACAAGUAAGGAAUUCGGUGUGGAGAAGUCUCUAACCGCCAUGGGAAUCCUAGCUCUCAUUGCCAUCAUCAUCACCUCUCUCUCCAUCGUCUUACUGAUUCAGUUUAACUCGAUGCAAAGCCAGUUAUUGACUGAUGGUGCCGUAGAAGGAGUCACCGGUACCAGAUGGUAUUCAGACAUUUUAGACUCAGGUGUGGUUCUUGUUAGCUUUUGUCUCAUGCUGAACUUAUGUUGUGUGGUCGUCUGUACAGGACAGAGCUAUUUUACGGCGAAAAUGUUGAAGCUACCUCAAGGUGAAGAAAGAUCCUGUGACUUUCUAAAGAAUACCUCCGGAACACGGUUCUUGGCUGUGUGCUCCUUCUUUGUUUCCAUACCCAUCUUCCUCGUCGCUCUUAUGCUUUAUAUUCUCCUUGAGUUCCGGACAAUACCCGCCACCGUGUCUAGCGCCCUCAUCGGAUUAGCCAUCCUUUUCAUGGUCUUCAGUUUUGGGCACAAUGUACAUCUGUGGCAACGCGAGCAGUCUUUGAUCAACAAGCGACACGCACCGCCACCGGGUGUCUUUACUGGUUUGAAUGGAGGUCCUUUUCACAACCAACGCCAGCAGUAUUCAAAUAAAAACAACCAUCACACGGACCAUGAUGGACACCGAUUCGCUUACUCAAAUCACGUGACAGAUAGCGGCGAUACUGCUAUCGAUCCGUUGAGUGUCAGUAAUUUAUCGACGCUCGUCUGACGGUGACUUACCAAACCAAGCCCAGGACUAACUUCCACAACUUCAUCUUCCAAAUAUUUCCUAAAAAGAGUUAUACCAAGAGAUUAAAGUAUAUUUUACAUAGUACCUUGAUGAAUCUAUGUUCGUAAAUAUGGACAACCUCCCUGACAACCGCAAUUAGUGUUGUUGUCAAAGACCCUAUAAUGUAACCCCACUCGAGGAUUGGACAUUAUCAUAUUAACUCUGUUUGGCAUACUUGAACAGAAAGCAGCUAAAAGUCAGUGACAACAGAUUU